GUGGUGUAGGCCGCAAACACUAGAGUGUUUUGCCCCUCGAGGGAAGCCACAUUGGGAUGAGCUCUGCUGGAGACGAAGAGCGCACUGCCGCGAGCGGAGAACAGAUCCGCCCGCCGGUACAGGAGGGCCGCGAUGCGGAGCUUGCAAGUUUGCAACUGCAGGUUUCGCAAUUGGCGGCCCUGGUGGAGGAGUCGGUGAAGAGGAAGGAGCCUGGCAGCAUCGUGGCGGAUGCAGCCAGUAGGGGCGGCUGGGUUGCCGCCCCCGGAGGCCAACAAGAAGAGCCCAUGCAGCCGCUCGGCGGUGCCGGGGGAUUUUUCCAACAGCAAGCGAGAGAUUGUGGGCAAGGACCACGGCAGCUGCUGGAAGGCGACUGGGCCAGCAGAUCGGGAGCGAACCCUGCUGGACCAGCCGGAGUGGGCCCGGGCAUAGGACCGGACAACGGGGAAGCGAGGGGGUUAUACCUCCCAGGUGAGAUACCCGUGGUUCGAGGAAAUGGAGAUUACCUCGACGGCUACAGCAGUAGCAGCAUGAACAGAGUAACAGUCAAUGCCCCGCUUCGAGACGGAAAAAGCCGUAGCCACGAAUUUCAUUCGUGGCGAAAAUCGUUCAUCCAAGCUGCGAGGACCAUGGACUUGGACGGGCAGUUCAUAGGAGAUGCAGAGAGCAAUAUCCCCGUGGGCGACCCAAACUUGCCGACUUCGGAACUGCUCCGUAGGGGUCCCACGAGAGCAGAAGUCCAACGACGGCUUCAGGCGUUCGAUUUUUAUUACUACUGCUGUGGUAAAAGAUGCUGACAAAGCAAUCGUUAGACACUCAACUGUACGUCAGCGAAAGAGGUCCUUGCGGAAUUGGAAAAGGUCUACGAUCCGGAGUCACAGGGGUCAAAACAGGCCUUGAUGCGGAAGAUGUUCGACUUUGCGAUCCCCACACACAGCAACAGCAAUCCCAUCGACCAUCAAUACUCUCUCGAGCUGCUGUACUCACGUCUACGCGAAAAAGGGCUCAACGCUGACGCACCCGUUGUACUCGCCCACUUCGUUGGCUCCCUCCCACCCGAGUACCAACAAGCGAAGUUCCUGUUGGAGACAGCAACGGCGCUGGAUAGGGCCGAGAUCGUCAGGAUCGUGAGCACGCCUCCCGGGGCGGAGGAAGGCCUCGAAGGGCCAGCGGAGAGUGGAGCAUGCUCUCCUCGCGAGAGACGGUAGCGGUGGGGAAGGAGCGCCGGGCCGCGGCAAUUCGCGGCCGC